AUGGUCGUCGUGCGCGCCGGUCUGGCCGUGCUCCUCUCCUUCUCCAGCCUUGCCUCGACCGCUCCUACCUCCGGCCCGUCCGUCACCUCGUCCCAGGGCACGUUCCUCGGCUCAGCCCUCCUCGGCGUCGAGAGCUACAAGGGCAUCCCGUUCGCCGAGCCGCCCGUCGGCGACUUGCGGUUCGCGCCGCCCGUUGCGACGACCGCGAACCUGGGCGUGCGAGAUGCGACGCAGUACGGCUUUUCGUGCCCUCAGUCGAACCUUGCCAGCAGCGUUUUCCCGGGCCCGAUCGCCAACGCCGUCGCGCAGAGCACGCUCGACGCCAUCACGAGCCUCCCGAUCCUGAGCGCGGUCGCCGGCACCACUGCGGCCGAGGAUUGCCUCACUCUGAACGUCUUUCGGCCAGCCGGCGUCUCUAGCUCGGCGAAGCUCCCCGUCAUGGUCUGGUUCUAUGGCGGCGCCUUCGUGUUCGGCGCGACGUCCAUGUACGACGCAGGCGGUCUCGUACAGCGCUCGGUAUCGAUCGGCAAGCCUACCAUCUUCGUAACCGUCAAUUACCGCCUCAACAGCUUCGGCUUCCUCCCGGGCAAGGAGGCAGGCGCCGAUCCAACUGUCUCGAUCAAUGCCGGCCUGCUCGACCAGCGCCUCGCCCUCGAGUGGGUCCAGGGCAACGUCGCCGCGUUCGGCGGCGACUCGCAAAAGGUCACCAUCUUUGGCGAGUCGGCCGGCGCCAUUUCGGUCGCGUUCCAGCUGUUGGCGUACGGCGGCGACAUCACCUCCAAGACGAGCGGGCAGCCGCUGUUCCGGGCGGCCAUCAUGGAGAGCGGCAGCCCUAUCCCUGUUGGUCCCGCCGAGAACGGGCAGUGGGUCUUUGAUCAGCUCACGAGCGCGUCGGGCUGCUCGAGCGCGAGCGACAAGGUCGCCUGCCUGCGCGCGCUCCCUUACGAGAAGAUGGUCGCGGCGACGAACACGCUGCCCAGCAUCGUCUCGUACCGUUCAGCCUCGCUCCCCUUCCUUCCUCGCACCGACGGCGACUUCGUCCCGGACCUUCCUCAAGAGUUGACGCGCAGCGGGCGGUACGCCAAGGUGCCGAUCAUCAACGGCGACCAGGCCGACGAGGGCACAAUCCUCGCCCUCGGGACGCUCAACAUCACGACCUCGGCGCAGCUUUUCGGCUGGCUCAAGACCAACUGGUUCCCGCGCGCCUCUGACGCCCAGAUCCAGGGCCUCAUGAACGAGUACCCGGCCGACCCCACCCAAGGCUCGCCGUUCGACACCGGCCUCCUGAACGUCCUCACGCCGCAGAACAAGCGCAUCAACGCCAUCGUCGGCGACCUCGUAUUCCAGGCCCCUCGUCGCGCCUUCAUCGAGUACACACGCUCGACGCAGAACACCUGGUCGUACCUGUCUCGUCAGCUUCGGGCCACGCCGUUCCUCGGCACCUUUCACGCGAGCGACGUCUUGAGCGUAUUCGGCUACAACGGCCUACCGCCCUCGCGCGAGAUGCAGACCCGCUGGAUCACGUUCGCCUCGAACCUCGACCCGAACGUUCCUGGCUUCCCGACCUGGCCCCAGUACGGCCAGAACGCGCAGAUGCUCCAGUUCACGGACCUCGUCUCGUCGGUCAUCUCGGACACGUUCAGGCGCAGCGGCAUCGCCUACAUCUGGGCUCAGGCGGCUGCUUUCACUCUCUGAUCUCGAGGCGCUCCUCUCGCUGCGGCACGAGGCGCCGGGCGCGCACGCUGCGAGCGAGAAGGUGUGAGGAGGAGGCGCGGCUGCAAGUUUCUACUGGACGUCGGUUGGGGCGUUCGGCCUUCUUUCAGGUGUAUCAGUAUAGCAGUGUCUCGUCCUGCAAUGUGAAUCAGGGCCACAC